AUGCAGAACGAGUUCACCUUUGAGGUUGAGCUGCACCGCACUCCAGACACACCACUGGGCAUAGACUUGAUCCUUGCAAAGACCAAGUUGGAUGGGAGCUUGUUAGUGGUGGAGAAAGUGAGGCCUGGCGGCUUGAUUGAGGAGUGGAACCGCAAGGCUGUUGGACCUUACCGCGUGCAAGCAGGAGAUCUCAUCGCGAGCGCCAAUGGUGUGAAAGAUGACGCAAAUGCCAUCUCCAAUCUUCUGCGCAGUUCCCAAGACACCCUCCGUAUCACCGUGCUGCGCAAGCAGCUGCUGGACUCGCAGUUUCUACCGCAGACGCAGGUACCCCAAGUACUGCCCGAGAGGCACGGCCCUGCUGUGCUCGAGUCUGCGGUGGGCCCCAUGACAAGGGCAAGCAUUGCAAGCAUGCCUCGCGUGGAGGGCAUGGGGCAAUUUGGCCGAACGCCUUUGGUGGCGCCAAGCCCUGCAGCCAUGCCAGAGGUGCCCAGCAAGACAAGCCCAGAAGGUUUCACGUUCGAAGUGACCCUCCACAAGCCCUAUGGAGCAUACCUGGGAAUUGACAUGCUUCCAGCACCGGAAGUUGCCUGCCUAAUGGUCAAGCAGGUGUUCCAGGGCGGUGUCGUGUUUGCAUGGAACAGCCAGUGUGAAGGCAAUGCCUUCACUAUUCAGCCCGGGGACUACAUCGUUCGUGUGAACAGCGUCUUCAGUGAUAUAAAGGCCAUGAUGGAAGAGAUGAGGGCGAAGUCCGAGCUCCUGGUGACUUUGAUGAGGAGAAGAACUUCUGAGGCUGCAGGUAGUGCAAUGAGCACAAGCACUGCAAGCAGGAAGCUAGGUGGAAAGGGCUUUGCAAGCCGGUCGGUUCCCAUGCCGGAUGCACUAUCCAUGCCAAGCUCCCGGCUUCAGCAGCUCGGCGGGGCAAGUGAAAUGGACUAUUCCACCGGCACUCCUUGGCAAGAGGAGAGUCAGAGUCUUAGAGGGCAGCCACCGGCACUACCAGGGCAACCUUUCACAUUUCAGGUGGACAUCGAGAAGCCGUUGGGUCGUAAGCUUGGUGUGGAUGUGAUGCUCAUCACUGGGCAAGGCUCAUGCGGCCUGCUAGUUGGACAAGUAGCUCCCGGGAGCUAUGUUGAUCAAUGGAACAAACGGAACCAGUGGCCUCUACAGAUUCAAAAGGGGGACCUCAUUGUUGCUGCCAACGGCAUCAACGCAUGGACCUCCUUGCCAAGAAUGGCUCAGGAAUUCGAUGUCGAUGUUCAACGAGUAUGUUUCACAGUACAGCGAUCUGCUUCCGCAAUGCAGAGUUCGGCACCGGCAAACCCUUCUCCCAUGGUCUCGCCUUCAAUGCAGUCGCCGCAGAUGUCGUCUAUGACCGCACCUUCGGUCGAUAUGCCAGUGGAAAACAGCUGGUGGCAUGGUAUGUCUGGGAUGGCUCCAGGCAACUGGGUCAAACCGCUCGGCACGUCACCUGUGCCUCAGGACCGGUCGAGCAAAUCAAGAAUCCAGCCAGUGCAGAUCAGUGCCCCUAGCCGCAGCAAGUACUCACAAUCCUUGCCGGCGCCGGACAUGCCCGAGGAUUUUGUGAUGCCUCCAGGCCUCCCAGCCAGCAGAGGCCAGCCUGCCACCAUCCCUUUGGAGAUGCAGAAGGAGAAUUCCAACAAGAUGCCGGCCAAGAUUCCCGACAUGUCCUCUGCGAUGCCGCAAGAAGUGCGGCUCACGCCGGAGGCGAACGCUGCAGCGGAUGCCGCAGAGGCCACAGCCACGGCCAUUGCUGCGGCAGUGGUAGAGGACCUGGGAUUCCAAGAGGACAGGCCAGAAGCAAAAUCCAAGGUGCCUCCAGCAAAGCUUCUGCUUUGUACUUUGCAGCUUAGCGAUGAGGACCUGACGCAUGUUCUGCAGGAGGCCCUCGGUCGACGCCCUUGGCUCACCACACCUGUCAAGCAGGCGAUGCGGGAGCAUUCGGCAACGCGGAGCACGAGACAGCAGUAA